AGGCUCAGGACACCUGGCGUCAACGAAGCCCCGCGAAGCUGCCGCGACUGGCUCGGGCGAUGGCGCCACGACUCCUCGCGCUGCUGGCCUCGGCCUCCCUCGCCGCGGGGGCGCGCCUGCUGAGGAACGCGGGCGCCGACGAGGCGUGCGUGGCCGAGGAGACGGGGACCUGCGCCAGCGUGCCCAGCUCCAGAACAAGUUGGCCGGCGUCUGCGAGACGAUGUGCAAGGAUGGUGGAGGCGUACCCGAAGUGCAGCUGCCCAGACUUCGUGGAGCCCGACUCCACGCCGGGCGUCAUGACCUGGGAGGAGCCUGCUCGGGCACAUGGACCAGCUGGCGGACUGGGGCCGGGACUCGAUCAAGGGGUGGCACAAGCAGGCCUCCCAGCUGCAGCUCCCAGGAGACGAUGUCUGGUCUCGCUUCCAGACCGCCCACCUGCACCGGCAGAGGGAGGCGGAGAGACCGGAGGUACCAUGGCCCCGGCGUGUCGUAUCCCAAUCACACGGCCUACACCGAUGACUGGGGCAAGGAGUCCAGAUGGCCCAGGCGCGAAGCACAGCGUCGAUCCAGAGGAGAAGAAGGACUCGAUGGGACUGACUCGGCAUGCGCGGUUGCUCUGAGGGGCGCCUGCGCUGGCGCGCCCGGGCGGUCGGCCUGUCGGGGCCUGGCCGCGGGAGAGCGCCGCCGGCCUCCUCUGCUGCCCUUGGGCCCGUGGACGGGGCGGGCAGGGCGGGCACUGCGGAGAGGAGGCGGGCCGUGUCGUCGGACUGCGCGCUGUGCACCUGGCUCGCUGGACGGCGCACCGUGCAGCACGAGCGGGCAAUCUGUAGGGGGAGACCCACGCCAAGAAGCACCCUGCUUGCCUC